CUUGACCAACACGUGGUUCCGGUAUUCUGGAGAAUUCUGUUGCCGGCACAUUUACAUCAGUUGACCUUGGUAGUUUUCUGUUGCGUAAACGGAUCAAGCAUUGUCAAGUAAAAAAGAUAUAGCUGGUCUAGUAAAUUUAGCUUCAACUACCGAAAUAAAAUGGCACGUGCUUUCAAGAAAUUUAUACCCAUGUUUGACAGAGUUCUGGUAGAGAGGUUUGCUCCAGAAAUGAAGACAAAAAGUGGCAUUAUGAUUCCAGAAAAGGCCCAGGGAAAAGUUCAACAGGCUACUGUAUUAGCAGUUGGCAGUGGAUCCAAAACAAAUAAGGGAGAAACAUUACCAAUGAAUGUGCAAGUAGGAGACAAGGUUUUAUUACCUGAAUAUGGUGGAACAAAAAUUGUGUUAGAAGAUGAGGAUUACUUCUUAUUUCAAGAAAAAGAUAUCAUUGGGAAGUUUGAAUCUUAACAGAAAGUCUAAAUUAGAAUGUCUUUCAUUUAGACUGUCCGGAACAGAAUAUACAAUUGCAGACCAUAUAUGUACCAAUAGACCAUAUAUGAAGUUGUGAUUAUUAACUAGUACCAGUGUACUCAAGUGUUCAAGGCUCAUUUAUUCAAUGAAUUAGUCACAAGCAUUUUUUUAAGUUGUGCAGAAAAAUAUUUUUGCAAUUUUUUGAUGAUUGUUUUUUGUGCAUUUUGUACUAGUUAUGAUGAAGAUUUAGAAAUCAAUAUUUUAGAGUUCUUCAGGAACACAAACGAAAAUAAUUUAAACAAUAAAAGUAUGGUAAAUUUCUUUUGAUUUAGGGAAAAGGUUAAUUUUGUGUUAUCUUUAUUUUUUUAUCCGGAAUUAAUAAUUCUUAAGACAUAAUUUUUCAAUUACUUUAAGCUGUUAGGAUUUUUUCCUAAAGCGAAUCAAAUAUAAGGACAUGCAAAUUUUAGUAGUAUCGAAAUUGUUUUUGUAAUAUAAUCUUUAUUUUUCAUAUACAUGGAAUACAUGUAGUGUGUGUGUGUGUGAAUGUAUAAAAGUUUAUUAUGUAUCAGAAAUAGUUAGAUUUAUUAUAUGAAUUCUUUUUUGUGAUGUAUUUUUAGCUGUUUUACUUCAAUUGAUAAAGAAAUGUUUCACACAG